UUUCUGCUAAAGUGGAAACGAGAUUUACCGCAGAGUUUGACAAGUCACCAAGAAUUUUUGGCAAUGAAAUUGCCAUCAUUCCAGAAUUUGUUCCUGUUUUUAGUCCGAGUACCGCUUGAUCUUGUUCAUGAGUGGCUAAAAAUGCGUAGGUCCGCACAGCUCCCAUCUGACUUGUUAACUCUACAAACGGUUAUGGAGGACUGUCACGAUUGUAUUGAGGCUGCAGUUGCUGUGAAGCAUCGAUUUGUAUCAUUGGUACAGUUGGCUGGUGUCGAUAACAAAGUGCUACUCGGUUGUCUGGUACCGUUUGAGGAUGAAUUAGCUGAGGUUUUUAAGAGUUACUUGACAUGCGUUCGUGAUUGGGUGCAUGGAGAAGUCAGUACUGAAGGAGUGGGAGCCGAAUGGACGGAACGAGUUAUUCAGAAUCUUACUUCACAAUGGACGGUGGCAAGACGUUUUGCCGUAAAUGUAAUCUGUGGUGAAAGUGAAACAGUGCAUCGUUUUUGCAUGAUAGCAAGUGAUUUGAUGCGCAAGAUGGUCAAUGACUAUUUACCGGAAAAAGAAGAUCUGAUGGAAGAAUGCAGAAGUACUUUCGAGAAUGCUUCUACUGAUGGUCUUCAGGAAAAUGACGAUUUAUCACUGCGGCAUGCGUCACAAAUAUUCAUUACGUGUAGGCAUUUUAAAUCGUUGGUUUGUCAAAUGAAGGAUCGUUCCUUGCGAUCGCUUGCAUUCGCUCGAAUGCUUCUGCGGGAUAUUGAAAUAUGUGCCCUCUAUAAAUUGAAAUCUGCUGACAUGCGUAGCUACUUGUCCCAUUUACUUAUUUCUCAUCAUUCACAAGUUGUCAUUUCCAAUGAUCUGGCAAAUGUAAAUAGUAACUACGUUAUAUUUUGUGAUCAAAAUGCAUCGGAAAAUAUUGAUUUCCUUCGAAUAUUACUCAAUAUUACAUGUUCGCGUUACCGCUCUGAGUUGCCAAAAGAUGUUGUGGAUUGCAACGGUUAUUUGUUAAUUAUCUCACGUCGAACAUGUUUUGCCGAUUUUUCUGAAGAAAUGUGGUGUGGAACACGUCUGACAGUUGAUCUUGAUGCGGAUACUGAACUUUCGUUGCGUUAUUUGCAGUUAUCGCAUGAUGCAUGCUUGGUAGCAGUCAAUGCUUUGUCGUUGCUAAAAAUGAGAGAAUUAUUUGCUAAAAAUAUGGCAGCAGGAUAUGAUUUCAUGUUUGACGUAUUGGAAAAACAAGCUUCCUGUCAUGAUAUCGUCAUUGAGAGUGCAAAACAACUCAGAGAACUUGCAUAUCGAAAUUGCCAAAUGCUAUUUAAUGAAUUUGCUGGUAAAAUGGUCAGGGAUGUGUUGGAUGGACAAGAAUUAAACUCUCUCGAUGUUAAUGAGCUGGAAUCUGUUCGAGCUACACUUAUACAAGCGUAUAAUCUUGCUUUCGAAUACCAUCGAGAAUUUUAUCAUAUAUUGCCGAAACAGGAUCGUCACUGUUUUGCCUGGCAAACGGUUUGCUGGGCAAAGGAUUGGUUACAUUUCGCGUUAGAAUUUGUUAACGGAGGUGACGGAACUGUUCCACUGUGGGCGACGCAGUCAUUUCAGUUUUUAAUACUGGCAGCAUGUCCGGAACUUACCGUUACAUUAUUAGAAGAGGAAUUUCAGACUUUGGUGAAAAUUGUAGAUGCAUGCGUUGCGCACAUUGUUGGUAGUAGUAUUCCAGAUUCCGGACUGAUGAACGGGGCUUUUUUCGAUUGUGAAGUAGACAGUGAAAGUUCGCAUAGUUAUACGAAAUCUGAACCGUAUGCAAUGACGGAUGCCAGAGCUCGUUCUCAACGAAUUCAUGAGCUGUUGCGUAACAUCGAUGAAAAGCGUAACAAACACCUGGAGGCGGAAAAUAAAAUUGGUCGAGUGACAGAAGGUGGUCGAAGAGCUCUGACACUAUCCACAUAUUUUAAUCCGAAAAAGCGAGCACCAUUUGAAUGGCAACGAUUAGAAAAAAAGAUUGGAUGUGGAAAGUUUGGCACGGUGUAUGUAGUAAUGAAUUUAACUGAAAAUUGUUUAAUGGCCAUGAAGCAAAUUCGUAUUGAACGAAAUGACAGAGCGUUGUUGGCUUUGGUUGAUGAAGUGGAGAAUUUGAGCCUUUUGGACCAUCCGAAUUUGGUCAAAUAUUAUGCAGUAGAAGUUCAUCGGGAAGAAUUGUUUAUUUUUAUGGAAUACUGCCCCGAAGGGACACUUGAAGAAGUAUGUCGCGAAGGUUUAUUAGAUAUGCGAUAUGUUCGUCGAUAUACACAUUUCUUGUUAAAAGGAGUCGAAUAUAUUCACAUGAAAAUGAUCAUUCAUCGAGAUAUAAAACCUGCAAACAUAUUCCUCGGUAAGAGAGAUGUUUUAAAACUUGGCGAUUUUGGAAGUUCAGUAAGACUGAAGGAUGGUACAACAGCUUGCGGUGAAAUAGCUGAAUGGGUAGGUACUCCGGUUUAUAUGGCACCAGAAGUACAGACACUUGGUGGACGUACGGAAAUGAACGGUAAAGAGGAACUUGUUGGAUAUGGUAGAGCAGCUGAUAUUUGGAGCGUUGGAUGUGUUGUUCUGCAAAUGUGUACGGGGAAGCCUCCAUGGCAUGAAUGCGAACAAGUUCUACAAGUUGUUUUUCGUGUUGGUAGUGGCAUGAGGCCAACAAUUCCGCAGAGCGUGCAAGCAGAUUCAACGUGUUAUUCAUUUUUGGAUCUGUGUUUCCAAGUCGAACCAAGUAAACGAGCUACGGCUGAACAACUUCUCAAAGAUCCAUUUGCUGAUAUAAAUGUUGGUCGUAUUCGUGAGAUGUGUGGAGUCCUUCCGCGAUGUUCUGUGUCAGUUACAUUGACUCGCAUGUUUCGGGCAGGUAGCUUAAGACGGUGCUAUUCACCAAAAUCUGUUGAAACAACAUUAACAGAAAUAUCAAAACCAGACGGCGAAUUGCAAAAAAGAAAAGAUCCAACAAUGCUGGAGGAAGUCGAUCUUAAAAGCUUACCAAGAGUGCAGAAAAGGCAUGUGGAACAAUUUUUAAAAAUGACUGAAACAAAAGCAAUCGCCAUGAAAAGAUUGAAUUAUAAGAAUUUGGCUACAUUUCUUGUGUUGUUUGGUUUGGCAAUAGGAGUUUAUAUGUACACAUAUAAAGGACUUAAGCAAGAAACUUUCCUGGAAGAAAUUGAUGAGGAGUUGGCAACAGAAUUAGCCGAGAAAGCAAAAAAAAGUUGA